UUACAGCCGUGUUCACGGCUCACGUUCGCUUUCACGUUGCGCGUGAAACGUGGAGCGUGCAGGUGGAGUGUGGCUGAUGAGUACACAACCACGAGGAGUCAAAAAACUGCACACACACACGUAUAAUCACACAUGUAAUCACACGUAUAGAAGCACACAUACAUAUCAAUAAGUUGGACAGCUAAGAAAUACCUCUUCAUCAGCGGAGAGUUUUACUUUUUUUUUAAUUUUUUUUUGCCCCGCAUAUAACUUAUUCAAUGAAAAUUUAAUUUUCGCUGAAGGAAAUAUCCGAACGUUCGAAAAAAUUGAAAGAUUCGAUUGGCAGAAGAAAAACACUGGAAGCUGUUCUUCGCGUAUCUAUUACAAAACUAAGCAGACAGGUGCGUAAUACUUUGGAUUCUUUUCCGGCUACACGCGGUCACGCGAAUUCAAAAACAAAAUCGACAAAAUGACUGACUCCGUAUGCAGCGCACUGGGAAUUGACAGAGUAGACAUGUGUGGUAAAACAAUACUGAUAGAAGAGCAGCAUGGAAGCGAUGCAAAUUUUAUAGUAAACGCUGUUGUUUCUGGCUCCCUGCAAAAGAGCCAAGGAAUCUGCUUGGUCCUUUUCCACAACACGUUCGGCCACUACCACAAUGUAGGAAUGAAGCUUGGCUACAACAUGAAGGUUCUGAAAGAAAGAGGGCAGGUGACGGUUGUUGAGCCUAUGAAAAUAGCGGCGAGUAACGUAGAGGAUCUGGGACACGACUCUGUGGACGCAGCUAAUGUUGAUCUGACAAAAACUGAUCGAAAAAUCACAAACACCGAGGACAUCGGUAUCCCAGAUAUAAUGAAGCUGGACACGAUGCUUGUGCGCCAGCUUUUUUCACCCGUUAGAAACAAGGUCCAUGAAAUGCUCAAGUCGAUGGGAUCUGUCAAUGUUAUAGUCGACGAUCUGAGCCAUUUGUUUGACAUGAGCCUCAGCCUAAGAGAUGUCUGGUUCUAUGUUAGGUAUCUCAGAUCCUUAAUGGAAUUUGAGCCAAUGAUUUCCGUUUGCAUUAUGACCCACACGUAUAAAGCUGAUCCCGAUACUUGCCAGCCUGACAUGAUAGCUAUAGGCCUAAAGCACAUGUCCGAUUUAAUAGUGAGUGUCGAACCAUUGAGUACCGGGCAUGCGAAUGACGUUUCAGGGAAGAUAAAUAUUCGAUGGAAAGUUGACGAAGUCAGGAGGAAGUAUCGCUGGGCUGAGAAAACGACUUAUUUGUAUAAGCUGCUAGAUCGUCAAGUGAAAAUGUUCGCACCUGGUUCGUCGUCGCUAUCGUAGUAUUUAUUAAAAGAACCGUGUCAAAGAUUUUCUUGACUUUGUUCGCCUUCUUUGUCGCGGUUUUUUGCUUUUACAUACGUUUUUUCCAUGUUAUUUUUUUUUCGCCUCCAUCUCUUCUUUCGCCUACCGUCGCCAAUGAUUGAAAUUUUCGCCUAUUCAUAUACCGCAAUGUUUAAACAUCAUUUUAUUUUAUGGAUAAAAAGCUCUGUUGAGAUUCGUUUUAUUCUAAUCGCGACGGUUGUGCAAUUUAUAAAGAAGAGUAACGAGUAUUUUUAAAUAUUAAUGCGACAACAGGCAUUGUGAGAAUCAUUUUCAUUUGCAAAUUUAACAGUUACUUUUGAGCGAGAAAACAACAGAAGAAAACGAUGUAUUAUACAAGUGUCAAUGAUAUGUUUUUUUUUUGUUUUUUUUUUAUUACAAUUCCGUUCAACAUUUUUACCCGACUUAUUACGUUAUAUGUAUUUAUUGAAAUAUAGGAAAAAGUAUAAAAGAAAAAGAAAAACUCGUUAAACUGCCAUAUGCACUUUCGUUUUAUUUAUUUUUAUAUAAUAUUGAAAUUUCCUUCCACACGUUUUUGACCUGCAAAAAUAUGUGCAAACAAUUGGUCAGAAGAAGUUCAAGUUUCAACACAUCGAAUUUGUCGACGUUUAAGAACGUAAGAACAACAAUCAUCACAGCAUCUCGUUCUAUCCGAUUCAUAAAAGAUCAACUGGUAUAGUUGCUAGUCGGUAUUUUCCGGUAUAGAUAAACCAAU